CCCGAAGUCCGGUGUACUCUCACGUGAACACAACGCUGUGUGGGCUGACAUCGAUCCGUGCGUUUGGCGCACAGCAUAUGUUUGAGCGUCAGUUUGAAGUCCACCAAAACGACAACACCUCUACGACCUUCCUAUUCAUCUGCACUUCCAGAGCACUCGGAGUCUUAGUGGACAGCAUUUGUACAUUAUAUCUGAGUGCUGUCAUCGCCUAUAUUAUGACCAGUAGUGACCAUAUUUCCGGAGGAAAUGCUGGACUUCUGUUAACAACGGCCCUAUCAUUGACCACUUUAAGUCAAUGGACUGUUAAAUUGUCUACCGAUGCCGAGUCCCAUAUGACUGCUGUCGAGCGAGUCUUAGAAUACACAGCCAUUAAACCCGAGGCAGAGCUCGAGUCCACUCCCGAUCGGAAACCGCCUAAAAAUUGGCCACAAAUGGGAGAAAUAGUGUUUAAAAAUAUGAGUCUUCAAUACAACGAAUCGCCGCAUAAAGUGCUCAAAGAUAUCAACGUUUGCCUCAAAGGGGGAGAAAAGGUGGGAGUCGUGGGCCGGACGGGCGCCGGCAAGUCAUCCAUCAUUGCAGCCCUCUUUCGACUCACAGAACCUUUAGGACAGAUACUGAUAGACGGGGUGGACAUCGGGUCCAUAGGUUUGCAUGACUUAAGGAGUAAAAUAUCAAUCAUACCUCAGGAACCGGUGCUCUUCACGGGUUCGGUGCGUAAGAAUUUGGACCCUUUUGGUGAACACCCGGACGACGACCUUUGGUCGGCUCUGUCUGAAGUACAGCUCCGGGAUGUCGUGCAGUCAAUGCCGGGACAGUUGGAUGGAGUGGUUCGCGAAGGGGGCAGUAAUCUGAGUGUAGGUCAGCGCCAAUUGGUAUGUCUGGCGAGAGCUAUACUACGAGACAAUCGGAUACUAGUUAAUCUGAGUGUAGGUCAGCGCCAAUUGGUAUGUCUGGCGAGAGCUAUACUACGAGACAAUCGGAUACUAGUGUUAGACGAGGCGACCGCUAAUGUGGACCACAGAACCGAUGCUCUCAUUCAGACCACUAUUAGACAGAGGUUUAGAUACUGUACUGUCAUUACGAUUGCCCACAGACUCAACACUAUCAUCGACUCCGACAAAGUGAUGGUGUUAGACGCGGGACAAGUGGUUGAGUACGACAUUCCCCACCAUUUGUUGGACACAAGCGAUAGUGUGUUCAGCAAAUUAGUCAAACAGACGGGAAAAGAGAUGUCCACUAAAUUGAAACAAAUGGCAAAACAAUACUAUUAUCAUAAAAAUGGUAUUAAUUUUGAUAACAAAGACAACGAAAUUAAAGAGGAAGUGGACAGCGAUUGCAACGAC